AUGAAUUCUCCUACACCAUACUCAAGCCAUCUGAGAAGUCUGAUUGACGAUGUCGUCCAAAGGGACCAGAGCAACUCCCUUAGUGACAAUGUAAAGGGCCACAUCCAGGUAAUUACGGAGCAGUAUAUGCGCAAUGUUGUUCCCGCAGAGGAAAUUGCCAGCGGAAUCCGCGAUCUCUGGUAUAUACUUGUUCAGGCAGCCAAGAACAUCACCACACAUAUUCACCGCCAAGACACAAUUAUACGCUACCUCAUAGCUGUCCAAGCCCUCGGACCUUUACAACGUCCACAGCCAGUCAUCUUUUCUGAUGGCCAUACGCUCUGGUCUGGCCUACCACUCCUCGGUUCAACUCUCGUCAAUGAGUUUACAGACCAGUACUAUCAGAGAAGCUAUGCUGCGGAACAGAGAGAAAAUAUGGGGGGUUUUAUCGGGCGACUAUUAAGUGCUCGCAUUUAUAAUGGCCCUGCUCUAUGUGCCCUCUCGCUGUUCAGAGAGACCUUCGAGACUUCUCGACCAUUAAUCCAGAGCACGGACACGGAGGAAGCUUUGGAGGAACAAUUACCCCUGGAGGAUUUGACCAGAGCUCUUACGGAGCUGAGCCAGAAUUCUGAAUAUAGCCUAGCCAUCUUGAGUAGUCAGCAGUCAUUAGCUGUAACUGCGACUAUGAUCGACUAUGCCGACCAUCCACAUUUAUCCGAUCUUGGAGACUUGGCUCGCCAAGCAGGGAUAACCACAACGGCUCCCCAAACUGCAUAUAACCCUCAACGUUGGGGUUUCUGGAUUCAGCGGCUCAAAACCUUGUCAAAAUGUGGAAUUGAGAGUAUCGAGGGGAAUGCAAGGGCAUGUCUAGGGCCAAUGAUGGCGGCCGGGAACUCAACUGGGCUACUUGUAACUGAAGCCAUGGAGAAGGACGAUGUGUUUCACAAGCAGUGUUGUGAGCGAAGGGGGGAAUGCACUGGUACUCCGGGUGUCGUUGGACUGCAAAGGAAACUUUUUUUUGGGGCUUAG